UGAAUUAAUGACCUCAUGCAUAGAAAAAUCUCCCAUGACCCAUCUGUGGGUCCCGACCCAGUGUUUGGGAACAACUGGAUGAGAGGAAGAGCGAAGGAAAACAUAGCGGUGCUUAACAUGUGGUUUUGUUGUCUCCGUUGUUUCUGGAGAAUCACCAGGAGAAAUGCUGCAUUCCAUUUAUGUCAGAAACUCGGAAGUCCAUCUUGGACCAGAGAUCCUGACGGGAAGUGUUCGUGUGGGAGUGAAAGCACUGUCUCAGCAGCAGGGGGCGCUCCCAUCAUCUGUUUACCUGGUGUGAUGAUGUCACAGCAGGAACUCCCCUGCCCUCACUUGUGAUGUCACUGUAAGUGAUUAUCUCUGAUGUAAAUGCCCACCCCCCCAUUGGCUGAGGCAGUGGAGGAUGGGAUUGGCUGGCAGCUUGCCCUUGAGGAAGUGAGCGUGGACGUCAGCUGAUUGAUAGAGAUUGGAAUAGGAGGGGUGAAGAGGAGGAAGAGGAGGAGCCAGAGGAGGAAAAGCUGAGUCGAGUCUGUAAAUCCACGAUGAGCCGGCUCUGCUGCCGACAACAAGUGUUCACCAGAGAGAGAGAGAGAGAGAGGAUAAAACGAGGUUACUGUACAACACAGAGGGUUACCACGGCAACUCAGGAGACGUGCUGCAGCAGCGAGGACAACAGGACACACAGGUUGAAGAGAUGUUGAUCAAGUGGAGGAUGGACCUGAUAAUUUAGUCCAACUCCCAAAAGACUUUUGAUAAACAUGGCGACCAGAAGGCGGAGGGACUUUCUGUGGAAAUAACAAAGGCUCUGAGUCGCCAGCAUGUCUCAGGCAGGAAAAGUCCUCCACCUGUAUGUGGAGGUGAGGUCUGUAGCUGAUGGGGAAGAGAGGAUGCUGGAAAGAGGAGAUCAUGGAACUGGUCACCGCAUGCUUCAAUGCCCAGACAUCCUCCCUCUGUCUCAGAGGAGCUCCACCCAGUCAAGUCCAAACCACAGCCCAGAUCUUUCUCCAGUCACCCACAAUCAGCGCGAGGCUGAUUGUGGUAACCACAGUGCACCCUCUUUAAAGACCUCCUCCAGGCACUCUGUCAGUUUUCAUCUCCAAAACCCAGACACAACGGGGUGUCCUACCCAAUACCAUCGACAGAAUGUGUUGUGUGAUGACUUAGCUCAGUUACUUCAGGUAAUUUCACCUGAAAGGUCUGGUCCUGGAUCACUGGGAUGCACGCGUUCCUCUGACAUGGAUCACUACCAGGAAAGGGUGCUAAUCCCACCGUCAUCUAUCCCCUUGGGAAGGCUGUCUGUACCCUCCACACCCACCAGCAGCCGUAGAUCCUGUGAGGUCACAGGGGUGGGGAAUGAGGAGGGGAAAACAUCUGUGGUGAGCUUUGGCUAUGUAGAGAAAUCUAACGUUCACAGCAUGGGCAGCCGGAGUCCUUGUGUGUGCCAAACUGAGUCGGACAAUCCUUGUAAUAGGACAAAGGGGCAGCUGCUAAAUGCCCACCUCUGUAAAAGGCUGAGUGACCCAAUGUGGUACAAUGGCCAGUCGACACAGGGUGACCCUUUUCUUAAUCCCCCUUACCCAUCUCCACGUGAAUCGCCUCAUUUAAAGAGGGCAACUGUGGAUGCAGUAGCCAGAAAUGCCACCCGCAGGGCUGUGGAGGAGUUUGGAUCCCCACAACUCAGACGACAGUUUGCAGGCCACGGCCCAGAGACUUACAGCCCCACUCUGCCACGGCACUACCAGCCUCCACGCUGCCGGUCCUUGGGGGGUUCACCAGUCCUUCCCCGGAACACCCUUACCCUGCCACCCAAGAUCCAACUCUUGGACGUGGACAGGGGAAUGUGUCGUAAUUCAUUGAAUGGAAUACCCAGAAGUCCAGCUUUUAACCACCUCUGUGCCCACACAGGAUUCUCCUCACCCUCAAUCACUCCAACCAGAACACUAAGCUCACAUAGCCUGCCUCACAGACAGCAAAGUCCUUGGUCAGGGGACGAGAGCGCCAGAUUGUCCAGUAAAUUUCAUCCACCUUUACCUGCAGGAAGACCCACAGACAUCCAGCAUGAAAUCCCAACUAGCAUUCCGUCAACAAUCAACCAGCCCAGGUUUGACUACCAAACAAGUACAAACUCCCACAUUUGUGUUAAAAGUAGCUAUAAUGCUACAGAUGAUAAACAGCACAGAGCUUACGAAAACUCUGACUUUUCUAGCAACAGUCACCACAAACCUUUACGCUGCGGUAGCAGAACCAGUGAUGCAGUAAGUCCUUCCAUUGGAAGGAGAAGUGUCUCCCCGUCCUUAAAUCCUGAAGUGGCUUACAAGUUAGCGGUGGAGGCUACUAGACUGUCCACUAUUUUAGCAGACAGACGUACUCCCUCUCCAACUCCUUCUCAAGCUGAGUCACUGAGGUCAGAGAGUCCAAACACUGGAGGGUCUAUCCAAAGAGAAUCCCAACCAUAUGCCGCUCUUCAAGUUCGACACUCCCCUGAACCUCUGCAGGAAGUUGACAAGAACCAUCAGUUAAAAACAGACAAACCAACACAGACUGUGACCAGACAAGGACGUGUGUCUCCGUCCCCCUCCCACACAACCCUCCCUUCAUCAGCAUCUCCAGCUUUGCCAGCCAGGCUCCAACGAGCUGGAGCUUCUCAGUCACCUGUCCUAGACCCACGGCAGCAUUCACCAAGCAAAGUCAUGUCCAUCCUGCAUCGCUACCAGCCUCCACAGUACACUGGAGAUCGCAAAUCAGCUGGUGAGGAAUGGGGCCCAUAUGAUAACCUUUCGGAUAGAUCAUCUUGGGACAAUCUUGAACUCCCCAACAGACUUCUCUCAAGCCAAAACACGGAUGCUUGGCCUAUGAGCUGGACCUCCAGGCAACAGGACUGCAGGGAGGUUGGACCUGUCUUCUACAAUCCAAGCAAAGAGGAGAAACAUAGGAAGGACAGGGAAGACGAAGGAGUUAUGAUGUCAAUGCAGGGGAACCAGAGGUCAGAGCUGAGGGAGGAGGUUCAGGACCAUAGCAGGGCUGCUGUCACCUCCUCUCAGAGCUCCAGUGGAGUGACGGGCAGCAUUGGAGACAGUUCUCAGCUUUUUCCCGAAACGUUGAGCCAGUCCAGCCACGAUACAGCAGACACUGGCUCCGGAAUACAGACGGACAGCGGCUCGGCGCCGACUCUGUCCUCGCGGUCACAGAAAAUCGCCAGAGCAAAGUGGGAGUUCCUGUUCGGCAGAAAGACAGAGGAGGAUCACUGCAGUAAAGAUACCUCACCCACCAGCGGCUCACCCAGCCCCACCCCUCCCUGUUCCUCCUCCUCCUCCUCCUCCUCACACUGGAAGCCAGCCAAUCAGAGGAGGGGGCGGGAAGGCGAAGAACGGAAGCUGUCGCAUCAUAAAGUGCAACAGAUUGAGGUGGAGCUGGUUAGUCCAAACCUCCGAGGUGUCAACCCCAAGACUGGCGUCAUCCGCCGCACCAUUAAAUACUCUGAGACGGAUCUGGACGCGGUUCCGCUGCGCUGCUACAGGGAGACCGACCUGGACGAGGUGAUGCGGGCGGAGGCAGAGGAGGUGGAGGUGGAGGUGGACUCAGCCUUUGGCAGCCACCGCAGCGUUCUGGGAAACUGCAGCUUCAAUCCGACUGAGGUCUCCCCAAAACCUCGUACAGGUGGAGGGAGGGAGGGAGAUGAGGACGAGGACGAGGACGAGGAGGAGGAAGAGGAUGAGGAGGAAGGAGUGGUCAGCUGGGCCAGUGUCAGGAUGCUGGGAGACAAACAGAGACAACGAGCCGCCAAAGAAGAAGACGAGGUUUUCAGUCUGCUGCUGAAGGGGUCGUCAGAGGUGUCCUGCGACGUCAACAGUGGCCUCAAGUCUCCGAUCUCUAUUGGCAGCCCUCGCCUGCCCUCGGAUAGCAACAUGGAUUCCUUCAGCCGCCAUUUUGAAAACAUCAUGGAGUCUCACCGCGCCAAAGGAACCUCGUACAGCAGCCUGGACAGUGUUGACCUAUUGACCUCUGGAUCCACAUCUGUGUUCACCUUUGACUUACCGACCCUCACCCCGGAGAUCCAGAGUCAAAUUUGUGAUGGUGCCAAACAGAUUAUCGAGCUGAGCUUCGCCCCGCUGGCCCGUCCAGAUCCAGCCGCUUCCUCUGAGACAUCGCGUUCCGAAAUCGCCCUCAGCGCCUUAGUGGGCGGGCUCCGGGGCGGGGCCAAAGAAAUGUCCAGCCCUCCGGUGCGGACCAGGUCAGAGAAGGACUCGUGGCGUCGCUCCAACAAAGACGGUUUCAGAAAGACCAACUCUGCACCUUCGCUCCACAGCAGCCCCAGAGAGCGACAGGUGAACUGCCCUCCUGAGCUUCUGUACCCUCAGGCUGACGUAGCGGAGCGACUAGCGCGCGGCGGCAGCGACGACGCCCUGACUAACGGCACGAAGGCCGACCUGCCGGCGGCCAAACGUCUCGCCAAGCGUCUGUAUCACCUGGACGGGUUCAGGAAGUCUGACGUCGCCCGACACCUCAGCAAGAAUAAUGAGUUCAGUCAGAAGGUGGCGCAGGAGUAUCUGCGAAACUUUAACUUCAGCAGUCUGACCAUCGACCAGGCGCUCAGGUUGUUCCUCAGCCAGUUUGCUCUGAUGGGAGAAACUCAGGAGAGAGAGAGAGUGCUGAGUCAUUUCUCCAAGAGAUACAGAGAGUGUAACAGUACUGACAACACUGAAGACAGUGUCCACACGUUGACCUGUGCCGUCAUGCUGCUCAACUCUGAUCUCCAUGGAAACAACGUGGGGAAGAGAAUGUCCUGCAAUCAGUUUGUCUCCAACCUGGAAGGACUCAAUGAUGGAAGAGACUUUCCUAAAGAUCUGCUGAAGACUCUCUACAGCUCCAUCAAGAACGAGAAGCUGCAGUGGACCAUUGAUGAAGAGGAGCUGAGGAAGUCCAUGUCGGAGCUGGCUGACGUCCGAACAGACUCCGCCUCCCACACCAUGAAACGACUGGGGAGUGGAGGGAACCCGCUGGUGGGCGUCGCCCAGCAGGCCGACGGCGAGCUCUACAAGAGCGGCUUCCUGGUCCGAAAAGUCCACGCUGAUCCUGACGGGAAGAGAACGCCGCGGGGGAAAAGAGGCUGGAAGUCUUUCUAUGCCAUGUUGAAGGGUCUGGUUCUUUACCUGCAGAAGGACGAGUACCGGACAGAGCGGGAGUUGACGGAGGAGGACGUGAAGAACGCCGUGUCCAUACAUCACUCCCUCGCCAUGAGAGCGGUGGACUACAGGAAGAGACCCAACGUCUUCUACCUGAGGACUGCCGACUGGAGGGUCUUCCUCUUCCAGGCACCAAACCCUGAACAGAUGCAGUCCUGGAUCACACGCAUCAACGUGGUGGCGGCCAUGUUUUCAGCUCCGCCCUUCCCCGCAGCGAUUGGCUCCCAGAAGAGGUUCAGUCGCCCCCUGCUGCCGGGAUCCAACACCAAACUAUCGCAGGAUGAGCAGGUCAAAUGUCACGAGAACCGCUUCAGGGCGGUUUCCUCCGAGCUCGCCGACCUCCUGACCGCCUCUCCAGACCGUAAGGUCAAAGGUCGUGAGCUGGAGGAACACAACCUCCGUCAGGAGUACCUGGAAUUUGAGAAAACUCGUUACGGUACGUACGCCAUGCUGCUCAGAGCCAAACUGGCGAGCGGAGACGAGGACCUGGUGACCUUCGAGUCCCGCCUGUUCGACGACGGCGGUCUGCAGAGGGCGCACUCCAGUCCCACGCUGCCUCAGGACGCCACCGGCAAGGACAAGACCCGCGGACACAAGACGUCAAAGAGCCUGAAGGUCACGUCGUCUUCGUCGUCCUCGACGAUGAAGAGCGGCGAGGACAGCGGCGAGGACGUGAAGAAGAAGAACGGCAACGACGCGCAGCCAGAGCUGCACACGCAGAGCAAACAGGAGGGGGCGCCGUGAGACGCCGCCACAGAGCGCGCAGGCUGACACCCUCUUUAAACCUUUUCUGUUAUACCUCAGGUGGAUCCUGAUUGGCUGAGCCAGCAUGAGGUCGUAGGAGAGAAGACGCUUGAUUUCCUGUUAGCUUUCAUUUCAGGGACUUUCAGGAAGUGACAGAGUGUAAAAAAAUGAAUCAACGUUUAGUUUCCCUCCAGAACCUUUCCAGGACAUUCCAGGACCUUUCCAGGACAUUCCAGGACCUCUCCAGGAGGACUUGUUGUAGGUACUUAAAUGUCAGAGGAACAAACACUGACCUCCUGUUUCAUCACCGUCACUCAUUCUCCUAGCAACCGACGAGGAGCAGGUUACCAUGACAACCACAUAUGACAGAUGUGGGAGUGUUGCUGCGGUAACUAAGCAAGGGGGGGGGGGGGGUGAGACUCUGUGUCCCAGACUCUCAACAAACAAACCCCCUUCUGUGUGUGUGUCUUUGUGUGUGUGUGUGUGUGUGUGUGCGUGCGUGUGUUUGUGUAUGCGUGUGUAUUUGUGUGUGCGUGUGUGUGUCUGUGUCUGUGUCUGUGCGUGCAUGUGUCUUUGUGUGUCUGUGUGUAUGUGUCUGUGUGUCUCUGCGUUUGUGUGUGUCUUUGUGUGUUUGUGUGUGUGCGUGUGUCUGUGUGCGUGUGUCUUUGUGUGUUUGUGUGUGUGCGUGUGUCUUUGUGUGUCUGUGUCUGUGUGCGUGUCUGUGUGCGUGUGUCUGUGUCUGUGUGCGUGUGUCUUUGUGUGUCUGUGUGUGCGUGCGUGUGUCUUUGUGUGUGUGCGUGCAUGUGUCUUUGUGUGUAUGUGUCUGUGUGUGUAUUUGCGUGUGUGUGUGUCUGUGUGUGCGCGCGUGUGUGUCUGUGCGUGCAUGUGUCUUUGUAUGUAUAUAUGUGUCUGUGUGUGCGCGCGUGUGUGUCUGUGCGUGCAUGUGUCUUUGUAUGUAUGUAUGUGUCUGUGUGUCUCUGCGUUUGUGUGUGUCUUUGUAUGUCUGUGUCUUUGUGUGUAUUUGUGUGCGUGUGUGUGUGCGCGUGUGUCUUUGUGUGUGUGUGUGUCUGUGUUUCUUUUCUGCUGAUUUUUUACGAAGAACAAAAUUUGACCAAAUCACUGAGGACGAUAAAAACAUGAAUGAUUUUAAUGAUCAGAAAUGUAGUGACUGAUAUCAGACACUAGGCGGCAGCAACUAAAACUCGAAACAGUUACCAAAGUAAAAGCCCCAUCUUAUUUUGACAGGUCCUGAUCAAUCAUCUGUAAAAGCUUGAACAUCAGAAAUGGUUCAGGCUGUUUUUGAAUUAUCGUUGAAGUUGAAGUUUUCUGUGAACGGAAACAGGAAGUUCCGAGAGUCCAACAGGAAGCUCUUAGGGACAAACAGGAAGCUCUUAGGGACAAACAAUAUGAUGAACAAAUACGAAGUUCUGAGGAACGUCUCUGAGACGCCGCUUCAGACGGGAAAAACAAAAUGAAGGAAUUCUGAUUCAAACAAGUCGAUUCCCAUCAACCACCUGUUCUGCUGCCAUGGUGGACGUCGUCCUCAGACCUGGACCUGGACCUGGUGUCUGAUUACGACGUCCUCCAUUUUCUGAUGUUUCUUUAGAAAAAGCUGGCUCAUUAAACCUCUGAGCACGAGGACGUACGUGAUGGCGUCCUCCUGUCUCACUCGUCCAUCCCUCAGUGUCUCGCAGGAGGACGCUUGUCCGGACUCUGGUGCCUCGCGCUGUAAAUAAACGUCACGUUGAGAAAAAGCCAUAUUGUUUCGCUCGCUGCGACUUCAGGCACUUUCUGUGUUUUAGGUGAAAACAGACGACGUGGAAUUUUAUUUAUUUUUCUUUGUUUUUGUUUAUUUUUCCGUUUCCUUGACGAUGACUUUUGUGUCAACAUGUUUUUUUUGUGGCUUCGCUGCGGCCGAAAUGUUUGGCUGCUCGCAGGCCGGACGUUAGCUGUACAUACUGUCUACUUCCUGUGACGUCAUGACGUAGUGAAACUGUGACUCCGCCCACACCUGAGGUUAGAAUGUGUCCAAGUAAUCAGAUUACAUGCCGGGGUAAUUUGAUUAUGUCAAUGUACUUGGGUAAUCUGAUUACAUCAACAUAUGUUCAGGUAAUCAGAUUACAUCAAAACUUGUCCAGAUUACAACGUGCUCAGGUAAUCAGAUUACAUCAACAUGUGUUCAGAAAUUCAGAUUACAUCAACAUGUGUUCAAGUAACCAGAUUACAUCAACAUGUGUUCAAGUAAUCAGAUUACAUCACCAUGUGUGCAGGUAAUCAGAUUACAUGGGCACAUAUUUGGGUGAUAACAUUUUCACUAACACAUGUUCAGGUAAGUGUUGAGGUAAUCAGAUUACACCAACUGGGUCCUUGUUUUUAGACUGCAAUAAUGUGUCCAGGUAAUCAGAUUGCUUUUACGAUGUGAUUGGUAAUCAGAUUACGUCACAACUGUUGAGGUAAUCAGAUUACACAAAUAUAUGUCCAGGUUCUUAGAUUAUAUUAACAUGUGUUGAGGUAAUCAGAUUACAUCAGACUGAGUUCAGGGACACUCCGGUGAGGUCUCUGAUGUGAUGAGUCAUGUUUUAGAGUCACAGAGAUGUUUCAUUUCUGAAGCUUAGAAACAAAAAUAAAAACAUUCUCAAAUCAAAACCAAAUUAUUUUCCUUCUUUCUCCACAAACUUUAGGUUUUUCACAAUAAAAUGUUUUUUUAAAGCAAAGUUAAUGACAAACAGAUGUACCUGUCAAUCAAUAAUAAUAAUACAUUUAAUUUAAAAGCGCCUUUCAGGUCAAUGAAUUAAAAUCACACAAUUACAUUUUUGGUUACAUAAAGACCAAAAAAAAAAAACCACAUAAAAUCAACACAAUAAAUUUGGGGAAGUGACCGUAAAAGCAGGGGAGGUUAGAGGGAGCAGGUGAGUUUUGAGUCUCACAGUUACGGAGGUCAGGUGGUCGUGAGUUCCAGAUUAAGUCCCAUUCACCGUGGAGUUGGUCUGCUUCACAGAAGCUCCCACACAUCAACUGUGUGUCACACAAAUUACUGGCUGUAUUUUCUACCACUGGACAUUUCAAUAAACUGGUAUGUUAACCCUUCAUUUCUAA